AUGGGGAAUGCGGGGAGUAAUCAACAAAAGGAAUGGCACAAAGAUCAAGCCACAAAGCAUACAGACAUUGGUUCAUCUUCCCCUGCAAAAGAAGGUGAAGCUUUUACGUUUGAUAAGAAAAUUGACGACGAUCGCACCGGUCGAGACGAUGACAACAACAUAGAAGACGGGGCUCCGUAUUAUACUAAAGCUGUACCUCAACACGAUGUAGAGGAAACUGUUAUACGCGAGAGAUCCAACACAUUUACUGAUGGAAUUAAAAUCGAGGAUGUUAAAGUUCUACCAACAGUAUUCAAAUGGGAGGGAGGAGGAAAACAAGUCUUUAUUAGCGGUACAUUUACGGACUGGAAAACUAUUCCAAUGGUGAAAUCUCAUGGUGAUUUUGUUACCAUUAUUGAUUUGCCUGAGGGGGAACAUCAAUAUAAGUAUUUUGUUGAUGGAGAAUGGCGUCAUGAUCCAACUGUUAAACUUGUAGACAAUGGUAUGGGUUCCAAGAAUAAUUUGGUGACUGUUAAAAUGUCAGAUUUUGAAGUCUUCCAAGCUCUUGCAAAAGAUAGUGAGGGAAUUCAUAGUAGCGCACAAACUGAAUAUUCACAGGAAAUACCACAAUCAAAGCCUUGGGAAAAAGUUUCCGGGCCACCUAUUUUACCUCCACAUCUUUUACAAGUUAUUCUCAAUAAAGAUACACCAUUAUCUUGUGAACCUACAUUAUUGCCUGAACCAAAUCAUGUGAUGUUGAAUCAUUUGUAUGCAUUAUCUAUAAAGGAUGGUGUUAUGGUUUUAUCAGCGACACAUCGUUAUAGGAAGAAGUAUGUUACAACAUUGCUUUACAAACCAAUUUAA